AUGCCUGCCGAAGGGAAGCCUGCACAGCCGGUUCGUAGACUCAGCGUCUCGCCAACGUUCCAUGGUAGUUACACAAGUUACGCAGCACGAGGGGUGGUUGACGAGCUUCUUUCAUCGACAAGGCCCCGCAUCAGGCACGGACGUGUUCGAGAGCACUGUGUUGGCGCUGAAAGGCGAUCUCGCUAUCGAAGCGCCACGGGGAGAGCGGCAAAUUGCACUCCGUCAUUGACUUAG